ACUUUUCAUCGAGAAUCCCCAGACUCUAAAUUCUGGUUUCUAGUGAUUGGUCACGGCAUGGGAAUGCACGCGGAAGCCUUACCAACCGGAAACCUGAUGAUGAUUGUAAAGUUGCUGGUGGCGUAUGAAUUCGUCUAUUGCACGACGGUAGGAAUCGUCAAGAUCUCCAUUUUCCUGAUGUACGCGCGCAUUUUCCUAACACGAAGCUUCUGCAUUGCAACAUACAUCCUGGGCAGCAUUGUGAUUUCGUGGGUCAUCGCCAUCUUUUGCGUCAGUGUUUUCCAAUGCACACCCAUUGCGAAGGCGUGGAAUACGAGUUUUCCAGGGACAUGUAUCAACCUCAAGGACUCGUUCGUAGGAAAUGCAGUGCCAAAUAUCCUGACAGAUAUCGCGAUUCUUUCUCUUCCAAUGCGCGACGUCUGGGGUCUGCAGACCACACUUGUCCAUCGACUGACCGUCAUUGCUGUUUUUUUUGCUGGGCAGUUUGUAUGUUCUCCGUUUCCCCGGAGGCACAUCCUACCUCGUUGUCAGCGAUCAAUACUAACAAAUCUUCUCAACAGCGUGAUAUUCACAAGCGCCUACCGAUUCUCCACCCUUUUCCAAUUCCAGCCUACGGAUACAUCUUGGACCUUAGCCGAAGCCUGCACCUUGUGUCGGAUUGAAACUUCAAGUGGAAUCAUCUCCGCCUGCAUCCCGACACUGCGCCCGUUGUUCGUGAUGCUCUCAUCCAAAUUCGGGAGUCAUCCUGGCACCUCGAGAACACGAACAGCAGAUGGCAAAGCAUCUGGACUGCAAAGUUUCGCAGCCGACGGAACGGCUUUGAGGCCCGCAAACGAGUCAUUAUCCAAGACGAGAGUGCAGCUGCAUGUUAGCCAGAAUGAUUCACUGGGUGAUGAGGUGCCAUUGAAUACGACCGUGGUUACGCGCGUGCAGUGGCAGGAAACAACCUUUGAUGGUACGCGGAAAUGGUAA